ACAGGAGGGAGUGCUGCUGUGUUUCUCAAGGAAGGAAAUCACCUGCCCGCAGGCCUCACUGAAACUAAACCCAGUGUGUAAUAUCAAAUGUUCACAGGUUUUAAAAUGAACGAGAACUGGCAAAACAAGCUUACGGUCAACCAUCACCUGGGAUAUAAACCACCUCCACCCCUCUAUAAAUGAAGCUCUUCACUCCAGCCAAGGAAUCUUCUGGUCUCUGGUCAGCACCCUGGUCAGGGCAGGGAAAGCACUUACUGUCAUCACCGCAAUCUCAGGAAGGUGGUUGUAUCAAACAAUGGGGAACAGAGACGACGAGUAUGAUUUCUUAUUCAAAGUUGUUUUAAUCGGAGACUCAGGCGUGGGGAAGAGUAACCUGCUCUCCCGUUUCACAAGAAAUGAGUUCAACCUGGAGAGCAAGAGCACCAUUGGGGUGGAGUUCGCCACCCGCAGUAUUCAGGUGGAUGGUAAGACGAUAAAGGCUCAGAUUUGGGACACAGCUGGACAGGAACGCUACAGAGCGAUCACCUCGGCGUAUUACCGGGGCGCAGUUGGGGCGCUCCUAGUUUACGACAUCGCCAAGCAUCUGACAUACGAGAACGUUGAGCGCUGGCUGAAGGAGCUGAGGGACCACGCUGACAACAACAUCGUCAUCAUGCUGGUGGGAAACAAGAGCGACCUCCGCCACCUCAGGGCAGUGCCCACUGAUGAGGCUCGGGCCUUCGCAGAAAAGAACACUCUCUCAUUUAUUGAGACAUCAGCGUUGGACUCCACAAAUGUAGAAGAAGCAUUCAAGAACAUUUUAACAGAAAUCUACCGCAUUGUGUCGCAGAAGCAGAUAGCAGACAGAUCUGCACAUGAUGAGUCUCCAGGCAACAACGUAGUGGACAUAAGUGUCCCCCCAACCACUGAUGGGCAGAAGGGCAACAAACUCCAGUGCUGCCAGAGCCUGUGACUCUCCAUGACACUCACCCUCCACCUCGUCAUCACAUCACCCGUGCACUUUUUUUUUUGUUCCCGCCGCUCUGCUCACGGCCAACUCCCUUGUCACUCUAUCCUUUCUUUCUGCCUUUCAUCCUGUUUUAUGUAGGACUUAUGAACUCACUCAUGCUCUUCUCAUAUGCCAUGAAAGAAAACUACAAGAAGCCUUUAUGUCACUUGGUCACUUGGUUGAGUUGUUCAUGGAGUCAAUGUGAAGGUUCCUGCAAUGCAGGAACAAGGCAGUCAUUGCUGUCUUAAUGAAGCCUGUGAAGUUGUUUGAACUGAACUGAAACUCUGUCAUGUACAGGGAGGUUGUGGAAUACAUUUCAGUGGUUACCACUAGAUGGUGCUGUGUAAAUAAACUACAGGCAGUUACUCCAACCUGGUGAAGCAGUAUUAUGCGUCUGACAGUGUGGUUCUUCUAACUUUCUUCUUACAUCAGAUAAGUUAUCAUGCCAAAAAUAUCCUCAUGUAUUUAUUGAAGAAUAUUUGGCUUAUGUUGUCAAUGUUUUACUUUAAAAAGAAGAACUGUAUAAAUUUACAAUAAAAUUCUUGACA